AUGUUGUACUUUUUCAAGACAAUGUUGUACUUUUUCAAGACAAUGUUGUACUUUUUCAAGACAAUGUUGUACUUUUUCAAGACAAUAUUGUACUUAUUCAGUACAAUAUUAUAUUGUUUCAGAACAAAGACGGUUAAGACACAAACGAAUGUCCGACGUACCACCAACCGAGUCCAUUCCAAAGCCAGAAGAACCGACAGCCCCAGCACCACAACAGACUAA